AUCAAUGAUGAUGUUAUUAUCCGCUUGAAAUGGGGACAAACCGAGUACAAAGGACGGCUGAUCAGCGUGGAUUCAUACAUGAAUAUUCAAUUGUCGAACACGGAAGAAUACAUUGACAGGAAACACACCGGCACACUGGGACAGGUCCUGAUUAGGUGCAACAAUGUCCUCUGGAUAUCCGCAGCAAAAGGGGUGGAGAUGAAUGGAGAAGGACACGACACCAAAAUGGAGGGUUGA